GGUACCCCCUGUGUGCCACUCACUUUAUUACUGUGUCAUUUACUUAUACAGCAAAAUACCCCCAGUUCCCACCUCAGGGCCAGCAGCAGGCACCAGCAGGUCUUCAGAAUGGAUAUGGAAACAAGUAUGGGAAAUCAGGUCUGGCACAAUACCCGCAGGCUGCGAAACAGAAACCAGGUUAUGGAAAUGGAGCUGGAAACUACCCAAGUAAUGUUCCCCAACUAGGUUAUGGAAAUGGAUUUCAAAACUACCUAAGGAACCUUCCCCAACAAGGUUAUGGGAAUGGAGCAGGGAAUUACCCCAGCAGCAAUCCCCAGCAAGGUUUAGGACAGUUAUAUGGGAAACAGAAAUCUGGUUAUGCAAAUGGAGCUGGAAAUUAUGCAAAUAGCAUGCCCCAGCAAGGUUAUGGAAAUGGAGAAGGGAAUUACCCCAGCAGCAAUCACCAGCAAGGUUAUGGGAAUGGAGCAGGGAAUUACCCCAGCAGCAAUCCCCAGCAAGGUUUAGGACAGUUAUAUGGGAAACAGAAAUCUGGUUAUGGAAAUGGAGCUGGAAAUUAUGCAAAUAGCAUGCCCCAUCAAGGUUAUGGGAAUGGAGCAGGGAAUUACCCCAGCAGCAAUCCCCAGCAAGGUUUAGGACAGUUAUAUGGGAAACAGAAAUCUGGUUAUGCAAAUGGAGCUGGAAAUUAUGCAAAUAGCAUGCCCCAGCAAGGUUAUGGGAAUGGAGCAGGGAAUUACCCCAGCAGCAAUCCCCAGCAAGGUUUAGGACAGUUAUAUGGGAAACAGAAAUCUGGUUAUGCAAAUGGAGCUGGAAAUUAUGCAAAUAGCAUGCCCCAUCAAGGUUAUGGGAAUGGAGCAGGGAAUUACCCCAGCAGCAAUCCCCAGCAAGGUUUAGGACAGUUAUAUGGGAAACAGAAAUCUGGUUAUGCAAAUGGAGCUGGAAAUUAUGCAAAUAGCAUGCCCCAGCAAGGAGGACCUGUUAAAGCCCCCAAGGCUGGUUAUGGAAAUGGAGCUGGCAAUUACCCAAGUAACGUCCCACAGCAAGGGGCUCUUGGGCAACUACCAUACAGAUCUCAACCUCUUGCGACUGACAGUGUCACUUAUGACCCCAAGUCCUACAAAGCUGGAUCUCGCGGACAGUCACCAUACAGGUCUCCAUCUCUUGCUACUGAUACUCUUGGCUAUGACCCUAAAUCUUUGAAAGCUGGAGGAGUUGGGAAGCCAUCGAAGGCUGGCUAUGGAAAUGGAGCAGAAAAUUACCCAAGUGGGAUUCUUCAGCAAGGAGCCCUAGGACAGCUGCCAUACAGAUCACAACCUCUGGCUGCUGACAGCCUCCCAUAUGACCCCAAAUCUCAGAAAGCUGGAGGAGUUGGGAAGCCAUCGAAGGCUGGAGGAGUUGGGAAGCCAUCGAAGGCUGGAGGAGUUGGGAAGCCAUCGAAGGCUGGCUAUGGAAAUGGAGCAGAAAAUUACCCAAGUGGGAUUCUUCAGCAAGGAGCCCUAGGACAGCUGCCAUACAGAUCACAACCUCUGGCUGCUGACAGCCUCCCAUAUGACCCCAAAUCUCAGAAAGCUGGUUACAAAAAGUUAUCAGGAAACUACCCAAGUAACCUACCUCAGCAAGGUUUCCUUGGACAGCAGCCGUACAGAUCCUCACCUCUUGGUCUUGACAGUCUUGGACAUGAGCCUACGUUUCUAAAAGCUGGUUAUGGAAAUGGAGCUGGGAAUUACCCAAGUCACAUCCCCCAGCAAGGUGCCCUGGGGCAGCAGCCAUACAGAUCACAGCCUUUUACAGCUGACACAUAUGACCCCAAAUCUCUGAAAGCUGAAGAACUCAACCCAUCUACUCCAGUAGAAGGAACUGAGAGUAUCACAGAGGCGGGUACUCUUCCCACAAUCACGCCUUCUACGCCCAGCUCCUUGAAACAGAAACCCUACAAAGGGGGUUACCAGCAACUGGGAGCUGAGCAAAGCCCCUGGAAUUAUGGUUGCGCUGGGAAAUGCUGAACUUGGACCUGUUGCAGAUUGUGUGGGAUUGUAGAUGGUGCCAAAGAUGUACAGACUGUGGGGAUUGGGGUGGUGGGUUUGUAAAGAAUUAUUCAGUACAAAUAAAACAAAAGUCUAAAAUAUGAAAA